AUGUCCCAUGUGCCAGGUUUAGCCCGGCACACACCAAAAAGGAUCUGCGAUGCCCCGCAGCACCCGGGUGUCGCUUGGGGCGCUGCAGGGGGCCAGGGACACCCGGGGGGACAGGGACACCCGGAGGGGCUGCAGGGAGAUGGGGACACCCGAGGGGACAGGGACCCCCGGGGGGAAGCUUUCUGCAGCUUUGAAUAUCGGGAAAACACGUCGGGCCGUUCGCGGGACAGGGAGCAGAGCGGGAACCGCGGGCUGUGGUUCCGCAGGGCGACCCGAAAUCCUCCGGCACGGCCGGGUUCCGACACCCCUCCCCCGCUGCUGGGGUUCCCCAUGGACCUCUUCCACCCGCUGCAGCCUGCAGAACGGCGCUUCGGGAUGUGCCGUUUGGGUCGGAACCCCCUGCAGCGACCGCCCUUUCCGUGGGCGCUCGGGGCCGCUCCGAGGAUCCGCUCCCGCGUUAUCCCGCCAGCCGCUCCGUGCUGGGAUGCCAGGGCCGUCCCGCGGGAGGCUGCCUCCGGAGGCCACAUUCCCACCGCCGCCUUCCAGCCCGUUCUAUUCCGGGCCGGAUUGUUGGCUCCAUUGUGCCGGUGCUCGCCCGUUUCUAUUCGGUUACCAACGAGGAUCCUUCGGUUCCCGGCCUGCUCCUGCCUAUCUCCACUGGCCUCAGUUAGACACAGCGCGUGCUCCGCAUGA